AUGAAAAGAUGGCUUACAAACCUAACUUUUGCUUUGGUUACAUUAUUCCCUUCUUCUACCUAUAGUAGUACAAUAUUAAAAGGAAGAGCAAAACUAAUGAUGCUCAGCAAUACUAUAUAG